UGUAAAAGACUCGAAACGGUUUGUUUGAAAAAACAAAUAUACGCCAUUUAGAUACGAAAAAAAGUUUAAACUCCAUGUCUAACAAUCGCAAAAACCUGACAAUAUCUAUACUCAAAAACCUAAAACUCGAUAAUACUCCUGUGUUGUUUUUAUCUGUACAUAGUAGUUCCAUAAUUGAUACGUUUACAGGGUGAUAGAAGAAGAUGAGGGGCGUGGCAUGGACGUAACCUUACUCCAUCAUGAUAUAGGCAUGGUGCGAACUCAAUACGCCAUGAUACUUAGUAGCCUUCCAAAAGCAGAUCCUCUCAUAAGCAUGAAACGCUUCAACCCUAUAGAUUUAAAGAAGGAAGAAGUAACGAUACUGGGUUUUGGCCGCAAAGAACAGGACGGGCCGCCAGAUUUCAGAGGAGAGGCAUUGUUCAGUGUAAAUCUUCAAUUGACUUUCUGUGAACGUGGUUCAUGGUUCCAUUGCAUUUGUGGCAUUGCUAGUCCAGUCGUAAGAUCUCAAGGAGGUGGUGUUUGUACUGGGGAUUCUGGAGGACCAGUCCUUUAUCGUGGAUCGCAGAUAGCAGUAACUUCUAUGGGGCCUACCCAAUGCAGGAAAUUAUUCAAUAGCGGCAUGCAAGGCGCCACCAGCGUAUUUACAACCCUUUACCAAUACGCUAAACUAAUCAACUCAACUAUAACAAAAACAGACAAUAUGUUACGUGAACGGAAGCCCAGAACACGGCACGAUCCUGUCAAAGAAAAAUGUAAUUCGACGAAAAUUCAUUAUAUACUUUUCUGUUUAUCAAUUUUGCUUUGUAUUCUUUCUAGUGAAAUGAAAUGUUUGUAAAUUGUUGCAAUUUCGACGACACAAACAUCUGUUUAGCACAAGGCAUUCUAUAUUGGUUUUAGAAAGCGUUAUGUUUAAUAUGGAGAGUGUUAUGUAGUUCUUUAUAUACAUGACAUGUAAAGUAUGUACAAAUAUCUUUUGUUAGCUAAAGAGUCUUGGUAGUCUCGCAGCAUUUUACAGUUUUAAAACGUCCAAACUUACACUCAAGUAUUUUACUAGAUAUAUUACAUGUUAUAUUGUUAUUU